UUUUCUCCUCCUUAGUUUUUUUUUUCUUCUUCUUUAAUUUCCGGGCAAAAUGGACGCACUGAGAGCUUCUUACGGCGACGCUUCAUCGGACUCCGAUACAGAUGAUUAUCCUCCUGCUUGUUCCGUUUCUGCUAAUCCCGGCGAGAAAUCAACCGCUGAGAAGGAUUCGAUUCCCCUUCCUCCUCCGCCUCUUUCUCUUCUCGAAUCCACUGUAUCCACAGGUUCGGUGGAUUUCUCCACAACAGAGCCUGUGGUUCGAGUUAGAAACUUCCCUCACGUCGAUGGCAACUACGCGUUACACGUUUACAUCCCUGUUACUAUACCUCCAUACCCGAAGAAGGAGAUUGUCAGUUUCUUAAAGAAGGUUGCAUCAGUUGUUCCUAAUCUUCAUAUGGUUGAAGCUGAUGAGCCACUCAGCAUUCUAUGCAAGGAUGAUCAGAAGUUUAAGCGUGCAUUGGGGAGACAGUUCCAUAUAAGCUUAGGAAGGAGCGUUCCUAUACGUGUUCAUCAGAUUAACUCAGUGGUUUCUAUGCUUCGACAAAAGCUUCAGUUUCAUAAGAGGUACUUGAUCGAUUUCAAUAAGUGGGAAGUCUUUGUGAAUGAUGACUGUACUCGCUCUUUCCUUUCUUUCGAAAUCACCACUUCAGGACUGUCCGAGAUAAUCAAGCAGAUCGAUGCUGUUAAUGAAGUUUACAAGUUUCACAAUCUGCCAGAGUUCUACAAGGAUCCGCGGCCGCAUAUAUCCUUGGUCUGGGCAUUGGGUGACAUUAGAAAUUCACUAAAGGGAGCUGUUGAUGGGGAACUGAGGAAGCUUAGAGCUGGUGGUUGUGUGCAGAAUCGUGUCUUCGUCUCUACGUUUUCUGGGAUCGAGUGUAAGAUAGGAAAAAGAAAACACAGAAUAUGUUAACUCCCAGAUGAAUAAGAAUAUCCCAAUUUCUGUGUUUGAAGACCUAUGAGUUGGUAUUGUAACGACAUAGAAGCAUAGGCAUGAAUUAAUAUGUUUUCUAGGGUAUUCCACAUUA